AGGUGUAGUUCUUGUGUUACCCUUCCAGUACCGCAGAGAGAGCCGGUACCGGAGGUUCUCUCUCUCUCUAAAGAGCACAGUACCGUGCGAGCUCGGUAGCGAAUGUGACUGUUGCAGCCUCGUCCCUUAUAGUAGACUACGUUACCCAGAAUCCUUCGCUCUUACGUCGGAAAGACUCUGCGGUGAAAACCAAAAGAGAGGAAGUGAAGACAAGUCGCGUGGUUCUCUGUGUACAUCCAUGGCUACUCCGUUCCUCUGAUGGCUGGUCGACUCCUCAAAGUCUCCUCUUUGGCCACAGCAGUGUUUGCCUCCUCUGGGUUUUACCUCUACAACAGACAGCUGAACCUCAAUGACCUGAGUGUCGUCCGCUUUGGACGAACCGCAGCCACAACGGCCGUCAUCAGUUUCGACUAUCUGACUGCUUUCAACCAUGUGGAGUACGGCUCGGAGGAGUACUGGGCACUCAGGUCCAAGGUGCAUCUGCGGUCAGCGGAGCGUCUUCGAGACUUGUGCUGUGCCAACCGGGGUACUUUCAUCAAGGUGGGCCAGCACCUCGGCGCUCUGGGCUACCUGCUGCCUGAGGAGUACACAUCCACGCUGCAGGUGCUCCACAGCCAAGCUCCUCAAAGCAGCAUAGAGGAGAUCCAGCAGGUCAUCAGAGAAGACCUCAGAAAGGAGGUGUCAGAGUUAUUUGUCUCCUUUGAGGAGAAGCCUCAGGGUGCAGCCUCCUUAGCCCAGGUCCACAAGGCAGUGCUGCAUGAUGGGAGGACAGUGGCCAUCAAGGUCCAACACCCCAAAGUCCAGGGCCAGAGCUCGAGGGACAUAGUGGUGAUGGAGGCGAUGUUGAGAGCGGUCCAUUGGGUCUUCCCAGACUUCGGCUUCAUGUGGUUGGUGGAAGAGGCUAAGAAGAACAUGCCGCUAGAGCUGGACUUCCUUAACGAAGGACACAAUGCUGAGAAAGUGGCCGACAUGCUGGGCCACUUCCCCUUUCUCAAGGUUCCAAUGAUCCAUUGGGAGCUGUCCACAAAGAGGAUCCUGACCAUGGAGUUUCUUGAGGGGGGGCAGGUCAACGACAGGGACUACAUGAAGAAACACGGCAUCAACGUCAACGAGAUCUCGGAGAACCUGGGAAAGAUGUACAGUGAAAUGAUCUUCGUCCACGGCUUCGUUCACUGCGACCCGCACCCGGGCAACGUGUUGGUCCGAAAGUGUCCCCGCAGCAAGAAGACGGAGAUCGCCCUGCUCGAUCACGGCCUUUAUCAGGUCCUGCAGCCAGACUUCAGGUUGAACUACUGUCGGCUGUGGCAGGCUCUGAUUAAUGGUGACAUGUCUGGGGUGGAGCGUUACAGCCUCAGACUGGGAGCUGGAGACCUGUACCCGCUGUUCGCCUGCGUGCUCACCGCUCGGUCCUGGGCCGCCGUCAACGCCGGCAUCGGUUCUGUGCCCGUCACACGCUCUGAGGACGUUGAGAUACGGACCAACGCAGCGCUAUACCUUCCCCAGAUCAGCCAGCUGUUGAAUCGAGUGCCCCGGCAGAUGCUGCUGCUGCUGAAGACCAAUGACCUACUGAGGGGCAUCGAGACCACCUUACAGACCAGAGCCUCUUCCUCGUCCUUCAUCAACAUGUCCCGCUGCUGCAUACGGGCCAUGGCCAGGCACAAGAGGAGUACGGCUCAGUCCAGGAGGAAGCAUCUACAGAUCACACUGGCAGAGUGGCUCGGCCUGUGGAGACUCAACAUGUAUGAACUGGCAAUGUGGCUGAAGAGCUCCACGUUGGGACAUUGGCUCACUGCUCUGCUGGGGUUCCUGCAUUGAGACACCUGUGGACACAUCUGGACAUCCCACUGGGACAUUAACAACAUGCUGGAACUGUUGGCUCUCAAGGGGACUUAUAAUACACUGCAUGUUAACAGUCUGAAUAAUGUGCUCUCACACACACACACACACAUACACACUUAUGUUAAUGAUACAAGCUGUACCUCUAUGGACAGAUACAAGGACACAACAUACUGAUGUGUCUUUGUGUCAGUCGGCAGUAUUGAGAUAUUCUUUUUUAUUGUAUUUCAUUUACUCAAGAUAAAUGCUAUUUGUUUUACUCUCAUUUACCAUAAACUUGAAAUUGACAUGGACAAUUGUCUUGUGUAUAAUUAUGUACGGUACAUUACCUGUGCUCACUGAGUGUAUGUGGAGAUGCUGCAGAGAAGUACUGGGCGGAUAAAGUUAGUUAGUUUGUCAAGAAAUAGUUCCAUACUCUUGUUCGUUUGUGUCAAAGCUCUGAUUUAUUUUUAAUUUAUAUUUGCUGUAGUAGAAAAUGACCUGUAGUCCUUGUUAAGAUGGUGACACGCUAUACCAUUUCUAUUGUCUUAUUUCAUCCAUCCACUUCCUGUGAGCUGGAAUACACACGCGGAACAAAACUGUUUGGAAUGUUUCAUCAUUUCAUAGUGAAUCAAUUAAAAGGAUGCAAAAAAA